GUGAUGCUGACGCAGCCAGUGUCGACUAGUUCGAGUACAGAGAUGGCUGGACCCUCAUCGGACGAUGUUACUCGGCCACCGACUAUGGGGGUUUCAGGCGAGCGGAGUGAAUCUUCAUCCUUCUCCUUCUCCUUGUCCAAUUUAACUAAGGCCUAUCCUUUCUCUUCUGGAAACCCUAGAAUCGAAGAGACUAGAGGCGUCAUGUAUCUCUAUCGCGAGGAUGCCCCUUCCUCGUCGCCUUCUGAUCUCCCUGUUGGACGGAAGCCGAUUGUCUGUGUGCUUGGAGUGCCAAAUCACAUGACAUAUGCAGAUUUCUGCCAGUUCUGUGGUUCAUUUAUUCAGCAUAUCUUGGAGAUGCGGAUUGUCAGAAAUGAUGGGAUGGAGGAUCAGUACAGUGUUUUAAUUCGUUUUGAUGACCAAGAUUCUACAGAUGGUUUCUACAAGCAUUAUAAUAGGCGUCGUUUCUCAUCUAUGGAGGUGGAAGUUUGCUGUGUUUUGUUCAUGUUGGAUGUGCAAUACACUGGCCUAAUUGAACAUGCACAAGCAUCUAAUGCUAGUUCAACUGAACAGCCUACAUGUCCAGUGUGCUUAGAGAGAUUGGAUCAAGAUACAAGUGGAAUACUUACAACUAUUUGCAAUCAUUCUUUCCAUUGUUCCUGUAUUUCAAAAUGGGCAGAUUCAUCUUGUCCUGUAUGCCGGUAUUGUCAGCAGCAAGCUGAAAAGUCUAUAUGUUUUGUUUGCCAAACCACUGAGAAUCUUAGCAUAUGUGUUAUUUGUGGGUUUGUUGGCUGUGGAAAAUAUAAAGCAGAACAUGCCAAAAUACACUGGAAAGAGACACAGCAUUGCUACUUCCAAGAAGUGGAAACACAGCGAGUAUGGGAUUAUGUGAAAGACAACUAUGUUCAUCGGCUGAUCCUGUCCAAAACUGAUGGGAAGUUGGUUGAGUUAAACUCUCACUGUGAGCAUACAGAUCAUACAGGCGAUAGAUGUGGAAGCUGCAGCUGUGAAGAUAUUGCUAUGAGUGAGGCUAUACUUAACAGUAAAGUUGAAGCUAUUGUCAACGAGUAUAAUGAGUUGCUUGCUACACAACUUGAAAACCAAAAAUCAUACUUUGAGUCCUUACUACUAGAAGUGAAAGAAGAAACUGAGAGAGAAAUCUCUAAAGCUGUCGAGAAGGCUGUUGCUCUUAAACUGCAGAAGCUGCAGUCCAAGCUUGACAGAUGUUAUAAAGAGAAGAAAUUUUUGGAUGAUUUAAAUGAGAAUCUGCUGAAAAAUCAGGUGAUCUGGAAAGCGAAGAUACUUGAGAUUGAAGAAAGGGAGAAAAAGGCCAUAAAACUCAAGGAUGACAAAAUAAAGACCCUGGAAGAGCAGCUAAGAGAUCUCAUGAUUUGUCUUGAAAACGGGAAGACAGCCGAACAGCUGUCAGAGUCAGAUGGAAUAAAAGAUGUAACUGUGGUUCCCACUUCAGUAGAAUCCUCAUCUACCUGUGGCUCUGAGCUGCUCAAGGAAGGUAACUAGGGAAGAAGCUAGAAGGAGAGCUCAUCCAUCUAUAGCUGGUCUCUCCCCAUGAUUGUAGAUCUGAUAUGACCAAGGUGCAGCGAUGCUCACAGCAAAGAUCACUCCCAGGACGUCAAACUUGCAGGUGGUUCCAUAGGAAGUUAGGUUUUUCUUCCUGAUUUUUAUACUUUUAAAGCUUAUGUCUCAUAAUUCAUGUACAGAUAUCGUCCAUAUGAAUGCUACUGUUUUCAGGUAAAAGCAUGACUAUCUCAUACAGAUGUUAGGCACAUCAUGAGAAGAGAGAAAACUAUAGCAAGAGCAGGACAUUUGUAGUCCUUAAACUAGACUUAGUGGAUUGUUCCACACCACAGAUUUGUACGUCAUUUGACUAUAGUUGAGCAUAGUUUCAAUUUUUUUUUUUUUUUGGUUUACAUUCAUUGUCAUGGUGUAUUCAUCAGCGGUCUUAAUUCUGCAGCACGCAAUGCAACAAUUCUGCUGUAUGGCAAUGACUACUUAGUUGGGAUUUGAUUGUGGGCAAUUUUUUAAUAAAAUACUUGGCCAGUGUUUUCAGUCCA